GUAGUAAAUUCACUCGGAGUGAGGCGGGUCGGGUGUGUAGGCUGGCUGGUGGGAUGGCGGAUGAGGAAGAGGACCCUACUUUUGAGGAAGAAAAUGAAGAAAUUGGAGGAGGUGCAGAAGGUGGACAGGGUAAAAGAAAGAGACUUUUUUCUAAAGAAUUACGAUGUAUGAUGUAUGGGUUUGGAGAUGACCAGAAUCCUUAUACCGAAUCGGUGGAUAUUCUUGAAGACCUCGUUAUAGAGUUCAUCACUGAAAUGACUCACAAGGCAAUGUCAAUCGGAAGACAAGGGCGGGUACAAGUUGAAGAUAUCGUCUUCUUGAUUCGAAAGGAUCCAAGGAAAUUUGCUCGAGUGAAAGACUUGCUUACUAUGAAUGAAGAAUUAAAACGAGCUAGAAAAGCUUUCGAUGAAGCCAACUAUGGAUCUUGACAACUUCAGUACUUUCUGAAGCUUCGUUGUCUUCUGAGGAGACCGCGUAUAAAAAUAAUCGUAUGUUUUACAUAGUAAGGUCCUGACAACUAACCAUGUAAGUGAAAGAUGGAAAAGGACAGAGUUUCCCACCUUUUUUUUUUUCAUGUCUUCGAUUUUGGGGAGAUAGCUGAGCCUUUAACAGCCCGCCGUGGUGCUGCCGCACCUGAAUUACUUAUGGGGUUUUAAUGACCAUGUGUAAUUUGAAGGACCUUGCACACCAUGCAGAACCUGACUUUGGGUGGUCUCAACAGUGAAGUAGUAUCCAUGUUCCAGGGGGAUCUGUGCCAUUGUGGGCUAUGCUGCCUGACAAGUGAGGUCUAAACAGCGCCUUUGCCUUUAUGAGAGCUGAGACAUGACAGCCAGACUGGAAUGUUUUUAGACUACAGUAGUCCGAGGGGUUACUAAAAGGUAGUGAAAUGGUUUGUGUUUCUUUUAAGGAGAAGAUGACAGAAGAAAAUACAGUCUUUAUAGGGGUGUUUAUCUGUCUUAAGGUAAUAAUUUGUUUUAAUACCUUUGAUAAAGAGUGAUGUGUGGGAGGGAGAAACUAAAAGUUUCAUGAAUGCUUCUGUGUUGAAGCCUUUUUGAUUUAAAACCUCUCGGGCUUAUAACAUACUAUUUGUCAAGUUUUAAGAGGACUCAUUUUCCCAGGUCAGAUUUCCCUUCUCAAUAAAAAUAAAGGCUUUCAGUAACAGGAAUGGCAUUGCUGAAAAAGCCGACGGCAGGGUAAGCAUUCCGGUAGUGUUUUGUGAACACUUGUUAGUGCUUGUUCAUUGUGGAAAUCUGUAUUUGACUAAAAUCGUAUGUGGCUAUGGAAACCACUUCUGUAGAUCAGGAUAUGUGGGUUUUGUGUGUGUUUGGCUUAUUGUAUUAAAUUAUUAUUGUACUUAGCUUAACAGAAGGAUUAAAAUUGCAUUUAGAGAGAUCAGUGAAUAUUACUCUGUGUGAAACGAAUGUGUGUCACUUCUAAACAUUGUCUGCAAAUCAGUACUCAGGAAAAGUUUUACUUUCUUAACCUACUGAUACUGAAUUAAAGUAUGAAAAGUUAAAAAA